AUGCGUCUGCUGCAUGGCUGCCGGUCCCAGGCCGUCUGCACCGGGCUCGUCUUGCUGGGCUCGGCCUUGCAGCCGGUUGCUGCCACCAGGCCCAAGAAUGCCAUUCUCCUGUCCGAGGUCCAGUCUCUCACCCUGCGUGCCGGCAAGAUGACGUCCCAUCGCCGCGUAUCGGCCGUGCCCCAGCUCUCGUGCACGUCCAGCCCGCCGGCUCUCUGCGACCUGCACACCGUCGACGUGAUGCGCUGCACCAACGAGGGUCCCGGCUACGACCACGAGGACAUCCAGUGGUCCUGCACGGCUCAGCUGCCGCCCGAGCUCAAGGUCUGGGCGCCACCGACGUCCUGUGCCGUCGAGUACCGCCUGCUGCUGACCGACCUCGGCGAUGAGCGAUACCCCGAUCUGGCUGCAGAAACAAGCGCCGGUGGUCUCGCUGGUGCCGACUGGAGCUCCUGGCUGUUCUUCGGUCUCUUCGCCGCUGUCUGCAUCUGGAUCGUCUGGUCGGCCCUCACGGCCGGUGGCCGCGAUGACGAAGGACAGGCGAAUGGUACACGACGGCCAGGUGGUGGUGGAGGUGGAGGAGGUCCCGGCUUUGAUGGAGGUGGUGGUGGUGGUGGCUACGACUACGACAACGACCCACCGCCACCCUAUCCCGGUAAUCCCAAGCCGGAGUCGUCCACGGCAGCUGCCCGGGCUGCUGGCCAGCAGUGGCGCCCAGGAUUCUGGACCGGCAUGGCUGGUGGUGCUGCAGCUACUUAUCUGGCUGGGCGCAACAGCAACAACGGCAGCAGCAGCAGAAACAACUCCGGCUACGGCUACGAUGGCCCCAGACAGCCUGGUCGGGGAUUUGGCCGCUCGGCUGGGCCGUCCUACCGAUCACAGUCGCCCCAGAGACCGCUGACAAGAUCCACAUCGUCUGCCCGUUACGAGGGCACCGGCUUUGGCUCCACGAGCCGUCGGUGA